AUGUUUACGGCUUGUCUCCACCCCGAAGAAGACAACAAAAACAGUGGUAGAUUAUACCUAACAUAUCGUUCAGCUGUAGCACCCUUUCGGCGCCAAACCGCCAUGCCACCCGAAGGUUGCACGAGGGCUGGGUUAUUGCCAAGUUGCUCAAGCCUAGACAGGAGAAGUCAGGAGGCACAGGUCGGUUUCGAACCACGAAUCUUUUUUGUCAGUAGGCGCAGUCUUCGAGUUCCCGCCACCCUUAUGAUCUACUCGAACCCAAAUUGGACUGUUUCCGAAAAACACACUCAUUUGCGAAUCAUGCCAACUGAAACAUGCGGCGGCCUGUGUGCAGCACAUUCAGUUGUAGAAUAUCAUAAACGAGAGAUCGCACCACUCUCGUUUGAACGGUCGUCCUCCUGUUCUGGCGUAAUUAUUCCUGUGAGUCCACACCAAAGAGAAGCACUGGACUCGAGUUUCACUCUUAUUAGAGCGCUUGUCACCCUACCUGACUGGGAAGUCCUAACUAGCGGGUCAAUCGAUCGCACAACCAGAGCAAUUACUGGGUCGUCAUCCAAUGAUGAGUCGGGCACACCAAUCACGUCACUCAAGCGUGAACACGUUCAGACGUGA